AACUGCUGGUUCUCAUACAACCAAAGCUGAUCACACCAAAAUUCAACAGUCAAUGGCCACUCUUGCUACCUCAGCCUCUCUCCUCCUCUCCUCUCCACCCUCCAAAUUAUCUCCGCCUUCUCUUUCGUCUAUUCCACGCCUCUCUCUCACUUCUUUCUCUCACUCCACUGCUCUCUCUUCCUCGCUCUCCAUUUCUCCUUCUUUUCUCACAUACCCCACAAGUUCUAAACGCUCUGCUCUCUCUGCCCUGAGCGUCAGGGCUAGUGCUGCAGAAAAGAAGAAGGUGCUCAUAGUUAAUACUAACAGUGGUGGGCAUGCUGUUAUUGGGUUCUAUUUCGCAAAAGAGCUUCUGGGUUCCGGCCAUGAGGUCACUAUAUUGACUGUUGGUGAAGAGGGCUCCGACAAGAUGAAGAAGCCUCCAUUCAACAGAUUCUCAGAAAUUGUGAGUGCCGGAGGCCGGACGGUGUGGGGGGACCCAGCGGACGUUGGGAAGGUUGUCGGAGGGGCAGCAUUUGAUGUUGUGUUGGACAACAAUGGGAAGGACCUGGAUACUGUGAGGCCUGUGAUAGAUUGGGCCAAGAGUUCUGGUGUCAAGCAAUUUCUAUUCAUCAGCAGCGCUGGGAUCUAUAAGCCAACUGAUGAGCCUCCUCAUGUUGAAGGGGAUGUGGUUAAAGCUGAUGCUGGUCAUGUUGGAGUAGAGAAAUACAUUGCAGAGGUUUUUGGUGUUUGGGCAAUAUUCCGUCCACAAUACAUGAUUGGAUCUGGCAACAAUAAAGAUUGUGAGGAAUGGUUCUUUGAUCGAAUUGUUCGGGACAGACCAGUUCCUAUCCCUGGCUCUGGAAUGCAACUCACAAACAUCUCUCAUGUCAGGGACUUGUCCUCUAUGCUUACUCUAGCUGUUGAGAAACCAGACGCUGCAUCUUGUAACAUUUUCAACUCUGUAAGUGACCGUGCAGUGACUCUGGAUGGAAUGGCCAAACUAUGUGCUCAAGCUGCUGGUCGCCCUGUCAACAUUGUUCAUUAUGAUCCAAAAGCUGUUGGAAUUGAUGCAAAAAAGGCUUUUCCUUUCCGGAACAUGCACUUCUAUGCAGAACCAAGAGCUGCCAAAGACAUUUUGGGUUGGAGUGGGACUACAAACCUUCCAGGAGACUUGAAGGAGCGGUUUGAUGAGUAUGUAAGGAUUGGAAGAGACAAGAAACCCAUGAAAUUUGAGGUAGAUGAUAAGAUAUUAGAGUCGCUUAAAGUACCAGUGGCUGUAUGAUCAAUCAAACUGUAACUAUAUCUAUCCAUUUUACAAGGCUAUUAUAUAUGAGAUGCCUAUUUUUCUCUCUCUA